UACGCAGCCCUAUUUUAUGAGGGAAAAUGUAUCGUCUCGGCCAGCAGUUUAUCGCCAAGAUCAUCUUCAAUUCCUUUUUAUCCGCUGUGCCACGGGAAUAUUUUCAUUUUACGAGACAAUACAAUAAAAGCUGGUCGUGUAUUGGCUGAUUUUGGAUAAAAUUAUUUACUUAUAAGCACGAAAAAUGCCAAGGACUAAGAAGAAGAAUGGCAGGGGAGGGCAGCAUGGAAAUGUGCAGCCUUUCAGUGAUGAGGAUGCCUCCAUUGAGACCCUCAGUCAUUGCAGCAGCUUCAGUGACACCACCAGUGUAGCAGAUGAAGGUGGAGAGGCCAGUGAGGACACAGCCCAGGAGGAUUUCCAGUACAAGCUGAAGGGGUUCAUAGACAGCACAGUGGAUAAGAGUGCUAAGACCAGACGGGCACUGGAUGGGCUUAAGACUGCAAUGGCCACACGGAUCCUGUAUGAGUUCAUCUCAGAGAGAAGGAUGACCAUCACAGACAGCAUCGAACGCUGCCUCAAGAAAGGCAAAGGCGAGGAGCAGCGAGCAGCAGCUUCUUUAGCAUGCCUGCUGUGUAUCCAGCUGGGCUCGGGCAUCGAGAGCGAGGAAGUGUUCAAGACCCUGAAACCAAUAUUCAAAAACAUCCUGGCCGAUGGGUCAGCCAACAUACAAGCCAGACAGGCUGUGGCGACAAGUCUGGGCCUCUGUACUUUAGUUGCAGAAGAUGACAUUUUGGACGUGCAUGCUACCAUGGAGUGCUUUGAGAACCUGUUCACCCGGUCCUAUGCUAGGGUGGACGGUACGUGUUCUUUGAUCAGUCCCCAGACAAGCCAGCUCCACACCAAUGCGCUCCUGUCCUGGGCACUGCUGCUCACCAUCUGCACUGCCAACCAGCUCAAAGACAUCCUGCGCAAACACCUGCCUAAACUGCCACGAUUGCUGGAAAGUGAGGAUGUCAACAUGAGAAUUGCGGCAGGGGAGACCAUUGCCCUGCUCUUUGAGCUGGCCAGAGACAUGGAUUCUGACUUUGAGUUUGAUGACUGGGAAGAACUGUGUGAUAAACUGAACAUGUUGGCCACAGACUGUAACAAACACAGAGCCAAGACGGACAAGAGGAAGCAGCGCUCUGUGUUCAGGGACGUACUCAAGGCUGUUGAGGAGGGUGACUUCCAGUCUGAGACCAUUCGCUUUGGGACUGAGCGCAUGACCAUUGAUAGCUGGGUCAGAAAAAGGACAUAUGAUGCCUUCAGAGAGUUUGUGGGCUCUGGGAUGAACUACCAUCUACAGGGUAAUGAAUUCAUCAGAGACGUUUUUGAACUGGGACCACCAAUGUUGGUUGAUUCAGCUACGAUGAAGGCCAUGAAAAUCUCUCGCUUUGAAAGGCAUCUCCACAAUUCAGCUGCAUUCAAGGCUCGGACCAAGGCUAGAAGCAAGUUCAGGGACAAGAGGGUGGAUGUGGGUGAAUUUUAACUUUCUUUUUUUUUUUUUUUUUCACACGUGUGUGUUUUUUUUUUGACUUGAAUAACCUAUUUAUCAGGCUUCCCUGCUUUUUAGAUGAAUUGUCAUGACUGUUCACGUGAUCCUCCCCCUGAAAUCUCGUAUCAAACACUCAUCUUCUGUAGACUUGAAAGGUGGCUUUAACACGGAUGUAGGCGAGUGUCUAAAUAGUCCAAAAAUAGAUUUUGGUUUAGAGUAUAACUUUAAUGUAUCCACACAUUAACAGUGGUGUUGUACAUGUAUAGUGUAUAUUUGUUCUCUCUUCCAUGUUUAAAUUCUUUAUGUGGCCUUUUUGAAAAUAUGUAGUAAGUUAUAUAAUUUAGCCAGCAUAUGUCUUUGCACCAUGUAAUCCUAUUUAGUUAACAGCAGUGUCAAGACACAUGUUGUGACUACCCCUCACCCAUUUUGAUGGAUUUGUAUUAAGUUGCACUACCUUGUUAACCCUCAGCAGGUUAUUUCUGCAGAACCUCGGUGAAUAUUGUCUCUUUUUAGUAUUGGGUAUGUAAUCAAAAGGGCAAGGAUGGUGAAAUAAACACUGAAACUGUGACGCUUA